AUGGCCGGCGAAGACAAACCCAAAGUCGCCAUCAACGGCACAACCUCCAUCUACAAUCCAACCACCCAAGACGAAAUCACCAUGGCACUCCUCCAAAACGGCGGAGUCCGACGCAUCCAGAAUACCUUCCAGCAACGCCUCGAUGAAGCGGGAUGGUCACAAAAUCUCCGCGAAUACGUCGAGCGUUUAUUCCGUAGCGGCGAGGCGCAGACGUACGAUGAUGCGCUGAAGAUUGUUAUGCAGCAUAUUUCAUUGCAAUCGCAGGGUCAGGAGAGCAAGGCGAACGGGAAUGGAGGAGUGCCGGAUCUUACUAUCCCGAGAGAUGCGGCAAAAGACGCUGCUGCUACUGUGAAGAAAGAGUUGGCUCAGGUGGUCAAGAUGGACAAGUGA